GGAUCUUGGUGCAUAUCCAAAACUAAAGCAGUAUUGCAACAAUGAGUGAUUGUUGGCAAUGGGUCUAGAGCAACUGCUUUCCACUGGACAGAAAAGGACAACGAAUAAUCAACCAUGACUACUGAAUCUGGAUCAGAUUCUGAGUCGAAGGACAAAGAACAAGAUCAGCGAGAAGCCACUGCUCAGCAAGGGACAGCAGGGGCACAACCUCCAGACCAGCAGCAGCUAAGUGAAGAACAUCAGAACGGAUUAGAACAGUUUUCUGGUGUGGCAGCUCACAGUACACCUGUGAAAAAAGAGCAGGCAACUGACAAAGAACAGGAACUUGCUGCUGCAAAACAACUGGAGUACCAGCAGUUUGAGGACGAUAAGCUAUCCCAAAAGUCAUCAUCUAGCAAGCUCUCCAGAUCUCCUUUAAAGAUUGUCAAAAGACCCAAAAAUAUGCAGUGUAAGGUGACUCUCCUGGAUGGCUCUGAAUAUGCAUGUGAUGUGGAGAAACGCUCCAGAGGUCAAGUACUGUUUGACAAAGUGUGUGAACAUCUGAACCUUUUGGAAAAAGACUACUUUGGCCUAACUUACAGAGACGCAGAAAACCAAAAGAAUUGGUUGGACCCUGCAAAGGAAAUCAAAAAGCAGAUCCGAAGUGGCGCUUGGCAGUUUGCAUUUAACGUGAAAUUCUACCCUCCAGAUCCUGCCCAACUCUCUGAAGACAUUACCAGGUACUACCUCUGUUUACAGCUGAGAGAUGACAUAGUAUCUGGACGGCUGCCCUGUUCUUUUGUUACUCUUGCUCUUUUGGGCUCCUACACUGUUCAGUCUGAACUUGGAGAUUAUGAUCCUGAUGAAUAUGGAAGUGAUUAUGUCAGUGAAUUCCGCUUUGCACCAAAUCACACUAAAGAACUGGAAGACAAAGUAAUUGAGCUGCACAAGAGCCACAGGGGAAUGACACCUGCAGAGGCUGAGAUGCAUUUCUUAGAGAAUGCCAAAAAGUUAUCUAUGUAUGGAGUAGAUCUACAUCAUGCCAAGGAUUCAGAAGGAGUGGAAAUCAUGCUUGGGGUUUGUGCAAGUGGCCUAUUAAUAUAUCGUGACAGACUUAGAAUAAAUAGAUUUGCCUGGCCAAAAGUUCUGAAAAUUUCGUACAAGAGGAACAACUUCUACAUCAAAAUCCGACCAGGAGAGUUUGAGCAGUUUGAAAGCACUAUUGGGUUUAAGUUGCCAAAUCAUCGUGCUGCAAAACGUUUAUGGAAAGUAUGUGUGGAACAUCAUACAUUUUUCAGGCUCUUGUUACCAGAGGCACCUCCAAAAAAAUUCCUUACAUUGGGUUCCAAAUUCCGCUACAGUGGAAGAACACAAGCCCAGACAAGAAGAGCCAGUGCAUUAAUAGAUCGACCUGCACCCUAUUUUGAGCGUUCUUCUAGUAAACGUUACACUAUGUCUCGCAGUUUAGAUGGGGCAUCAGUGAAUGAAAACCAUGAAAUGUACAUGAAGGAUUCUAUGUCUGCUGCAGAGGUUGGUACUGGCCAGUACACCACAACAAAGGGCAUCUCUCAAACCAACUUGAUAACCACUGUGACUCCAGAGAAAAAGGCAGAAGAAGAGAAAGAUGAGGAAGAGGGCAAAAAGAAAAGAGAAGAAGAAGUCACUCCUGUCUCAGCAGCACGCCAUGACACAAAGCCAUCUUUGCUUGGCACUGAUUCAUUCCAUUCCUCACCAUCCUCACCAUCUGCCCCCCCUGUAUCUUCAACAAAGCUCCGUAAGAGGUGUAAGGAGAAUCCUCGAAAAUCAGUAGGUUGCGAGUCACCUAAAGACAGUGUUCAAACCUCUGGUGAGUCUGACUUGGACUCUGACAAAAAAGGAAGAGUUUGCUCUGCUGAACAAGAUAUGAAAUUUAACUAUAAGCAAAAAGCUGGUAAAGGUGGAACUUUGUUUUCCUUCUCCUUGCAACUUCCAGAGUCAUUUCCUUCUCUCCUGGAUGAUGAUGGCUACCUUUCCCUCCCUAACUUCUCUGAAACCAACUUCCUGCCUGAAAGUUUGCAGCAUUACCUUCCCAUCCGAUCACCAUCCCUCGUACCUUGUUUCCUUUUCAUCUUUUUCUUUCUCCUAUCCGCCUCUUUCUCAGUACCAUAUGCCCUCACUCUCUCCUUUCCUCUGGCUAUGUGCCUCUGCUACCUGGAGCCCAAGGCGGCCUCCUUGAGUGCCUCACUUGACAAUGACCUGAGUGACAGUUCAGAGGAAGAGACUGACAGUGAACAGACGGAUACUGCAGCUGAUGGUGAAACCACUGCCACAGAGUCGGAUCAAGAGGAGGAUGGAGAUCUAAAAGCACAGAAUAGUCUGAUUAAGCGAAUAAAGGGUGAAAAUGUGUAUGUCAAACAUAGUAAUCUAAUGUUAGAGGACCUAGACAAAACUCAAGACCUGAUGAAACACCAGACCAAUAUAAGCGAGCUGAAACGAACCUUCUUGGAAACCUCUACAGAUACCACAGUAUCUAACGAAUGGGAAAAGAGGCUUUCCACAUCUCCGGUCCGGCUUGCUGUAAGACAUGAGGAAGCUCCCAUGAUUGAACCACUUGUGCCUGAAGAGACCAAAGAAGACAGGGAAAAAUCUGGAAAACUUAUAUUUUUGCAGAAGGGAAGUACCACAUUCCUUGAAUCCCAGCCAAGGGAGAUAGAGAAGAAGCUGCAGGAAGGAGAAUCUGCUGGCACUGUGGUUACUUCUCAUCAAAUCAUUAUCCAGAAAAGUGUCCCAUCAUCCCUAGAGGGCACUGAGGAUUGGGUUAUUAUAGACAAAAUACCCUCUGAGGUAGUUGAUGGUGAAUCGAAAAAAAAAGUGCCAUACAAAGUAAUGACUGUGAGCCGUAAAAGUGACAUUCCAGCUGAGAUAUUAAAAUCCAGUACCAUUCUAAUGCAGAGCUUUGAGGACUUGGAAAGUGAAAUGCAAUCCAAAGAGGAGAAUAAACAGAAAAUGUACACCUUAGGAAAGUCGUAUGAUACUGUAUCCGGGAAAAUUGUAAUCAUGACAAGUAAAGCUAAAGAGGGAGAGAAAACAGUACAAUCUUCACUAGACGCCUUUCAAAAAUUGGAGAGGGAAGUGCAAGAAUCUGUGAAGAUCAUUCCAGUAGUGGCUGAAUAUGAAAUUCUAGAGCCUGGCACUGAUGAGAGAGCCAGGCGGGUAUCUGAUGUGCAAAGCACGAAGAGGAAGCUGUCUGAAUCUUUGACACCCAUAAAGGAAGCAGAAUCUCAGUUGCAUAGUCCUGAAGAAGAAACUUUGAAGAAGGCACAAAAGAUGGACCAGAAUUUGCAGUUGCAUGGUACACUGGGAAGUUUGCAGACUGGCAGAGCAGAAAAACACCUUGACAGUGAAGCCCUAAAAGCAGGGGCAUUUGAUCGGAAAGAUAAGAGCCUGUCUGAGUGGAGAUAUUCCAGAGAACAGCCAUUUACCAUUGCUACUGCUCACUAUGUUACUGAAUCGUCUGCAUCAAGAGUAGUGACUAAACAGUCCUCCGGUGAAAAAACCUUGGAUGGUUCAGAUAUCUUCAGUUUAAUAGAGUCUGCCAGAAAACCAACUGAGUUCAUAGGAGGGGUUACUUCUGCUCCCCAUAGCUGGGCUCAGAAAAUGGAAACAAAGAUAAGUCAGGAAGCAGAUGAAGUGAAAGAAGAGGUGGAACUUCAUCUGGAUGCCAUGGAGAAGGUUGUGCAGGAGACCGUAAUAGUUGAGGAGAGACAUGUGUCAAGUGUGCAUGCAAGUGGGGAUGCUGCUACAGUGGCUGGAGAUGAGCUGGAUGCUAAAGAACAGGCAGUAUCUGCUGCUGCUGCUGCUAGCUUUCUAGGGAAAGAGGGCUCUGCAGUGACUGAGGGGGCUAAGGAGGAAAAAAGGGAGGAGACUGAUAAAGCUGUAACCAAACAGGAAGAAAUUGCUUCUGCUUCUCAUGCGCAUGAGGAGGAGCAGAGUGCGACAGGCCACCUUUCAGAUUCAUUGGAAAGAAAACCUCACUUUGAGCAGUCACCAGUUGUGAAGACAGAGACUAUCAGUUUUAGCAGUGUUUCCUCAGGUGGGGAGAAUCUUGAAGUUUCUACCAAGGAAGUGCCAGUAGUUCAUACAGAAACAAAAACCAUUACAUAUGAAUCUUCACAGAUGGAUUCGGGUGCCGACUUAGACCCAGGUGUACUGAUGAGUGCGCAAACGAUCACAUCUGAAACUACCAGCACUACAACUACUACACAUAUCACCAAAACUGUGAAAGGAGGCAUCUCGGAGACAAGAAUUGAAAAGCGAAUAGUCAUCACAGGAGAUGCAGACAUUGACCAUGAUCAGGCGCUGGCUCAGGCAAUUAAAGAGGCCAAAGAGCAGCACCCUGACAUGUCAGUGACCAAAGUAGUGGUACAUAAAGAGACAGAAAUCACACCAGAAGAUGGGGAGGAUUGACCCACAGGAAUAAUUUAGCUUGCAUAUGAAUCCACACCAUUAGGAAUACCAGAGCCUAUAUGGAAUCUCAGUUCUAAUCAGACUGACUUAUGUCUGUCCAUGGAAAAGAAGAAUUGAUCUUGACCGCUAAUAAGACACUGGCAGAGAUACCCUCCCAUAGAAAGCAAUCUGAAUCCGCAUCAGUAAAACUAUUGCAUGAAGCAACGAUAAAAUUACAAAAAAGCAGCAUUUUUAAUUUUCAUAAAAUGUCUAAGUUUUCAGCUAUACCUGCACGUUCAUAAACAGUAUAAACAGUGAUCUUACGUAACACACAAACAGUUCAUGCCUUUCACGGUUUACAAAAGUCUAAACAAAUUUAAAUUUGUUAGGUGGCAAACCUUUUGUUUACGAAGACUGUAAAUGAAGAUUACCCUAAAAAUGCUAGAACCUGUAUAGGUAUGGUGUAUGAUGUUUUACCACACAUUAGAUGUGCCAAUAACACAGUUUAUUCAGUAAACAACUUGAAUCUUCUGUCUGUUUCAUCUGGUUUUAUUAUUGCCCAACAAUGAUGAAUCUUUAAUCCUAUCAAAAUAUUUAAAUGCUUACAAAAUGUGCUUUGUAUACCUGACUAAAUACCUUAUGAGAUGGUGAUGAUUUUAGCUUAUUAACUCAAUUUUAUUUGUUUUUGUCAGCAUUGUUCAGAGUUAGUCAGCUACCAGACACCCCAUACAACUCCUAACCCUGUAAAUUUUUUGUAGUUAUUUUGGAGAAAAACUGUAUUUUCCUUAGCUUGUAGCAUUACAAAAUUAUUAAUCUGAAAUAAGCCUGAUUUUUUUUUUUAAAUUGAUUUUUCCCUUUUAAUUCUCAAAGAAAAAAAAAACCAUUUCAGAACCUGGUCAACAUUUACUAUCUAGUUCAGAGCCAAGCCUUAAAUUGUACAGAACAUCCCCUCAUUAGUAUUCAGUCAUAAUAUCCAUUAAAAGGAUAUAGUCUCCAUUACACUGUCAGCUGCAUCACAACACAUGGUGAAUGUAUGUUUCCGCAUAGUGAAAUAAAAGUGGUAAAUGCAUCUAAAAUUGUAUUGUUCUGUGUUUAAAAGAAUCUAGUGCUUUUAUAUAUAUAUAUAAUAUAGUCCAUACCUAAGUAACACUUGUAUGAUAUCAAAGGCUUUAUUCAUCUGAAUAGUAGACACAUCCUGUCUUCAAUGGAAAAUGCUACAUUUUUAGUUAGCAGGGGGCCCAAAGGGAUAAUUAGAUGAAAAUGUAUGCCUUUGGGUAAAAUUGAUUGCAAGGCAAAAGGAAUGGCCAGUUUCUUCUGUUUUCUGUAGCUGUAGAAUCUGUUUCACUUAAAGUAAAUGAAGGGUUUUACAAUUGGCUAAAAACUUACAAUGAAACUAUAGCAUUGAUCCAUAUUAGUUUCAUUUGUUCGCACUAAAUCACGAUUAAAUUAUUUAUUUAAGAUGGUCCUCAUUAUUCUGUUUCCUCUUGCUUACCCCCUGACCAUAUCUUGGUGGUGAUUCAAGAGAGAUCCAUGGAGGCUAACUCACCCACCCACAACAUCAUAAACCCAGGUAGGACUGCAAGGAAUUAAAUACAGGCAAAAUUUCCAGGAUAUUCAGGGCAAAAUGUUCUUGAUUAUGUACACAGAUUAAGUGGAGAUAGCUUCAGUGGAGGGCUGGAUUUGACCCUAUGAUUUAUUACAAAUAUUUAUUUUCUUAAUUUAGAAAGGAAAUAUGAGUAUAUAUAUAAAUAUAUAUAUAUAUAUAAAGAGAAUCUGUAGAUAAUUAAAAAAUAAUCUUCUAAGGCUUUUAGAGAUCUGCCCUUAGUCUCUUAAACUGACCUCUUCAAUCAUCCAUUUUUCAUGUCUUUUGUUCAAGAUCUUGCUCUGUGUAACUUUCCCCUUCCAAUGAAGCAGUCAUCUCUCACGUAUUAUGUAAUAGAUAAUGCAAAGAUUAUGCUGUUAUGUUCAUAGUCUCCAAGUUAUCCAUUCAUGUCCUUCUUUCUAAUCGUGCAGAUGUACAAGAAAAUAUCUGUGUAUAUUCUGUUCCUUCCCAGUGAAGUUAGAAUCACAUAUUUCCCACCUACACCUGUCCCAUCCCUGCCCAGGUUAUGGCUGUACAUGGAAGGCUUCUAUCCUAUUUUUCAGCAGACUGCAUUCCAGGAUCAUGCUUCUGCAUCAAGGAGUUUAAAAAUAGACACGGAAGCCAUAUUGGUCUCCCUUCAGGUGUCCCUUACCUGGUCAGCUAAAAAACAGCAUUAUAUUACCUCAGAGAAAUGUGACAGGCUACUAUACUGCCUUCUGUCCAGACUUACCCUUAGCAUUAUAUUUUAGCAUGGCUUGAGGAGAUUGUACUUUGGUGAUUCUGUACAGCAUGUAUGCCAUCUAAAGGUACUGUAACUUUAUGAGGCUAGUCUCUUUAGAAAGGAUACUCAUGGCUACAUUAUGGCCUGAGCACGUGCUGAUUAAGGGAAGAUUAGAGUGGAUGGGCAAUGAAUGACCUCUUAGCGUCACUGUUAGCAGCAGACCUUUGCCUAGGGUAAUUCCUGGGCAUGGUUCCUAGGAAAUAAUAGCUUUGGUUUUUGUUAGAAACUGUUUCUUGGGUUGUCUGUCUAAUGCUGUGCCACAUGAAAUAAAGAACACCUGCCUGUUUCUACCAGC